AUGCAGCAUCGAAGCAACGUGACUGAAUUUAUCUUUAUUAUAUUUCCGUUAAGUUAUGCUUUAGAAGUUAUCCUUUUUCACUUGUUUUUGUUUGCAUAUAUUGUAAUUAUUUUUGGCAAUCUUUUAAUAAUAACAGUGAAUUGUUGUGAUUUACGACUGCAUUUACCCAUGUAUUUUUUUCUUGGAAAUAUUUCACUCCUUGAAAUUAGUAUUUCAUCUGUUGUGAUACCUAAACUCCUUGCCAUGUUAUUGUCUUUUGAAAAGACUAUAACUUUUGUGGGCUGCUUUGUUCAGUGUUACUUUUAUUUUGCGUUAGGUACAGCUGAUUUUAUGCUACUAGCAGUAAUGUCCUAUGAUCGCUAUGUAGCUAUUUGCAAUCCUCUUCACUAUGUUAAUAUUAUCAAUUGGAACACCUGCUUCCUUCUUGCAUGCAUGUCUUGGACUGGAGGAUUUCUCAUUGAUCUUGUACCAGCUUGUAUUAAAUCAACUAUGCCCUUCUGUAAAUCUAAUAUGAUAAAUCAUUUUUUUUGUGAUUCUUCCCCCAUCAUGAAACUUGCCUGCAUGGAUACCACUUUUCUUCAAUUAUUGGAUUUCUUAAUGUUUUCUUUUAUAAUACUUGGAUCUUUCAUUAUUACAGCUUGGACUUAUAUAAUGAUUGCAAUCACCAUCUCCAAAAUACCCACA